GUGUCCGUGUAACGAUGAAAAGGGGGCGUAUGCCAGGCGUGUAGAGUCCCCGAUGUUGACGUUUGUUGUUGUUCUUUUUUUAUUUUUAUUUUAUUUUUAAACUUGAUUUCCGGAUUUAAUUUCACAUGAAAACCCCUGAGCGGUGCCUACGAAAUGUCUGACGAAGAGCUGCCGUCCACUUCCGGCGAGCGCGCGAGCGAAAAGGAGCAGGAUCGUCCGUUCCAGCUGGCUCCGCCUCCGAAAGCCGCCAUCAGAGAAACAACAGUGGAUCCUGAAUAUGAAGAGAAAAGAAAAGCAGAUCGAGCGAACAGGUUUGAGUUUUUAUUAAAACAGACAGAACUCUUCGCUCACUUCGUUCAGCCCGCGAGUGUAAAAUCUCCCACGUCUCCUCUGAAAGUGCGACUCGGUCGACCUCGAGUUAAACCGGAUGAGAAACAGAGCCUGCUGUCAGUGGGAGAUAAUCGUCACCGGCGUACAGAGCAGGAGGAAGAUGAGGAGCUGCUGUCAGAGAGCAGGAAGGCCACCAACAUCCUCGUCCGCUUCGAGGAGUCUCCAUCAUAUGUGAAGAACGGAGCUCUGAGAGAUUACCAGAUCAGAGGACUGAACUGGAUGAUUUCUCUUUAUGAGAACGGCAUCAACGGCAUCCUGGCUGAUGAAAUGGGUUUGGGGAAGACCCUGCAGACGAUAGCGUUACUCGGGUAUCUGAAGCACUACAGGAACAUCCCCGGCCCCCACAUGGUCCUAGUGCCCAAGUCCACACUGCACAACUGGAUGAGCGAGUUUAAACACUGGGUUCCGUCACUGAGAGCUGUCUGUCUGAUCGGGGACAAAGACGCUCGAGCAGCGUUUAUCCGUGAUGUGAUGAUGCCAGGUGAGUGGGACGUGUGUGUUACCUCGUAUGAGAUGGUGAUCAGAGAGAAAUCAGUCUUUAAGAAGUUUAAUUGGAGAUACCUGGUGAUUGACGAGGCUCAUCGCAUCAAAAACGAGAAGUCCAAGUUAUCUGAAAUCGUUCGUGAGUUUAAGACGACAAAUCGUCUUUUACUGACUGGAACUCCGUUACAGAACAACCUGCAUGAGCUCUGGUCUCUACUCAACUUCCUACUUCCAGACGUGUUUAAUUCCGCCUCUGACUUUGAUUCGUGGUUUGACACGAACAACUGUCUGGGUGAUCAGAAGCUGGUGGAGAGACUGCAUGCAGUGCUGCGUCCCUUCCUGCUUCGUCGGAUCAAGCGGGAAGUGGAGAAGAGUCUUCCUCCUAAGAAGGAAGUGAAGAUCUACCUGGGUCUGAGUAAAAUGCAGAGAGAAUGGUACACACGCAUCCUGAUGAAGGACAUCGACAUCCUGAACUCGGCGGGUAAAAUGGAUAAAAUGCGUCUGUUGAACAUCCUGAUGCAGCUGCGCAAGUGCUGUAAUCACCCGUACCUGUUCGACGGAGCCGAGCCGGGACCGCCGUACACCACCGACACACACCUCGUCACCAACAGCGGCAAGAUGCUCCUGCUCGACAAACUGCUGCCCAAACUCCACGAGCAGGGUUCUCGAUUAUUGAUUUUCAGUCAGAUGACGCGUGUGCUGGACAUUCUGGAGGAUUACUGCAUGUGGAGAGGAUAUGAGUACUGUCGACUGGAUGGGAACACACCACAUGAGGACAGACAGCAAGCGAUCAACAUGUUCAACGCUCCGGACAGCACAAAGUUCAUCUUCAUGUUGAGCACUCGCGCAGGAGGACUCGGGAUUAAUCUGGCAACUGCUGAUGUCGUCAUACUGUACGACUCGGACUGGAACCCGCAAGUCGACCUGCAGGCUAUGGACCGUGCUCACAGGAUCGGUCAGAAGAAGCCGGUUCGAGUGUUUCGACUCAUCACUGAGAACACAGUGGAGGAGCGGAUCGUGGAGAGAGCGGAGAUGAAGCUACGCCUCGACUCUAUAGUCAUCCAGCAAGGCCGUUUGAUUGAGCAGCAGAAUAAACUGGGGAAGGACGAGAUGCUGCAGAUGAUCAGACACGGAGCGACGCAUGUCUUCGCCUCCAAAGACAGCGAGCUGACGGACGAGGACAUCGACACCAUCCUGGAGAGAGGAGCUAAAAAGACAGCGGAGAUGAACGAGAGGAUGCAGAACCUGGGUGAGAGCUCUCUGAGGAACUUCACCAUGGAUACGGGCACCACGGAAACCAGCCUGUACAACUUCGAGGGAGAGGAUUACAGAGAGAAGCAGAAGAUGAAUAUGAUGGAGUGGAUCGAGCCUCCUAAGAGAGAGAGAAAAGCAAACUAUGCCGUAGAUGCAUAUUUCAGGGAGGCGCUCAGAGUCAGUGAGCCCAGAGCUCCAAAGGCCCCUCGUCCUCCUAAGCAGCCUAAUAUUCAGGAUUUUCAGUUUUUUCCUCCACGUCUGUUUGAGUUGUUGGAGAUGGAGAUACUGCAUUACAGGAAGACCAUUGGAUACAAGGUUCCAAGGGCCUCUGACAUCCCCAACGCAGCUCAGGUACAGAAGGAGGAACAGAAGAAGAUUGAUGAAGCAGAACCUCUCACACCUGAAGAGACUGAGGAGAAGGAGAAACUGCUCACACAGGGUUUUACGAACUGGAACAAGCGUGACUUUAACCAGUUUAUCAAAGCAAAUGAGAAAUACGGCAGAGACGACAUAGACAGCAUCGCCCGCGAGGUGGAGGGCAAAACACCUGAGGAGGUCAUUGAGUAUUCAGCUGUAUUCUGGGAACGCUGUAAUGAACUGCAGGACAUUGAGAAGAUCAUGGCUCAGAUCGAGAGAGGAGAAGCUCGGAUCCAGAGACGCAUCAGCAUUAAAAAAGCCCUCGAUGUGAAGAUAGCGCGUUAUAAAGCUCCGUUCCACCAGCUGCGUAUCCAGUACGGCACUAAUAAAGGGAAGAACUACACGGAGGAGGAGGACCGCUUCCUGAUCUGCAUGCUGCACAAGAUGGGCUUCGAUAAGGAGAACGUGUACGAGGAGCUGCGCCAGUGUGUGAGGAACACACCUCAGUUCCGCUUCGACUGGUUCAUCAAGUCCAGGACAGCCAUGGAGCUUCAGAGACGAUGUAACACACUCAUCUCUCUGAUCGAGAAAGAAAACACUGAGAUCGAGGAGAAGGAAAAAGCAGAGAAAAAGAAAAGAGCUCCCAAAGGACAAUCGGCCCAGAAGCGUAAAGCCGAAGCCUCGUCUGACAGGAAGGAGAAGAAGUUAAAGUCCUGAUUUGUGGAUUUUCUUUGUGUUUAUUUCAGUAAUGGAGUAGGGUGUUGGGCCACACCGCCGCUACACCACAGAUAUCUCCUAAUAUUGGGUGUUACAGUUCAGUUCAGCGUUAUCUCAAGCAAAAAAAUGACCAAAAAAAGUAAUGGUUUCCUCACGAGUUUCUCAGUUUCUCAGUUUCUUCUCAGCUUUCUCUUACAUUCGAUGCACUUUUUUUUACAUUUAAAAAUCACAAUUUAUUUAUUGCAUGCUGACCAUGCAAUUACAUUUUUUAUAAUGAUAUAUUCUUUAUCUGUUUUAUACGACACGAUGUUUUCCUCACGCACUCGGCUUUCUCAGCUCCUCAGAGACUGGGUUUAUUACAGAUGAGACUUUAAAGUCUCUUCUCUUCUCUUCUCUUCUCUUCUCUUCUCUUCUCUUCUUGUCUCUUCUCUUCUCUCCUAUCCUUUUCUCUUCUCUUCUCUUCUCUUCUCUUCUCUUCUCUUCUCUCCUUUUCUCUUCUCUUCUCUUCUCCCAUCCUUUUUUCUCAUCUCUUCUCUCCUAUCCUUUUCUCUUCUCUUCUCUCUUAUUUUCUUUUUUUCUCCUUCUCUUCUCUUUUCCUCCUUCUCUUCUCAUCUCUUUCUCUUCUUUUCUCCCCUCCUCUCUUCUUGUCUCUUCUCUCCUAUCCUUAUCUCUUCUCAUCUCUUCUCUUCUCUUUUUUUCUCCUUCUCUUCUCUCUUCUUUUAAAGCUCUUUAAAGGUGAAACUUUAAACUUGUUGAACACAAAUGUCUUUGUUUUAUUCACACAGUGUUUAAUGCUCGGGUUUUAUCUACAGGAACGUCUCAGAACCACGACAUAACCUGUUAGGUGUUAUUUGAUAAAAACAAAAAAAAUCUCUUCAGUUCUCUGAAACAGAUUUCACGCUCCUGAUUGUUAUACAGAGUUUAUUUACGUUUUUUCUUAAUAAAUUUUUUUUUUUAAAAAGUGGCCAAAGUGACUUGCACUAGCAUGAUGUUAAGUAGCUAUCAAUUAGCAAGCUGUUGAAUAUCUUUUAUAUUUCUUUAUUGGAUAUAAAAAUGCCAAACGUCUAUAUCAAGCUUUCUUUACCCGUCUGGAGAAACGCUGUAGCUAGCAGUGAGGGUGUGUUUUCUGGAAAACAGCGACUUUAUAAUGCUUUUUUGACCCUUUACUUUCCCCUGAGAAGAUUUGUGUGUAACUAAAACGUUCAUGCUUUUAUUCAUUUACAUCAAUGUUCAGCAUUAAUCCAGGUUACGUGCGUCUUCAUAUACGUCUGAGUUCAGUGUUAUUAAAAAACAUGGAAGAAUAAUA